AUUUGUGUGUGUUUAUGACACAUGAAAACAUUAGUGAAAAUCGAAUCUUUUAUCAACAAAUUGCCAUGGCUAAUCCAAGUUUAUUUAACUAUAGUUUGGAGACUUUGGGCGUUAAUAUGUCCACGAAUACUGCCGUCUUUUAUAUAAACGACACAUUUAAUUCAACUGCUAGUAUCUUCGACACCGACGCCGCUGACAACAAAGAAGUGGCAAUACGGUGGAUAUGCGUAGCCACACCACUGGGCAUAAUAGGGAUUGUUAUAAAUACCCUCGCAAUAUGUGCGAUCAAUUUGAGUCCAAAUAGCCACCUCACGACAUUUUACUUGCUGAUGACGUCACUCGCUUUAACGGAUGUUUUAGGGUGUUCGAUUCAGAUAAUGCAAGCUGUUUUGUGGUACAGCAAAUUUGUCAACCGUGCUAUGUAUUCUAUCUGCUUUCACAACACGUUUAUCUUACUCCAUACUUUUGUUUAUAACGUAUGCAUGAUGACGCUUAUGUGCGUCUCCAUAUUCCGAUUUAUAGUCAUUCAGUACGCUAUUAGAUCCGGGUUCCUUUUGAGAAGACUGGCGGAGAUCAUAGCGAUUUUGGUAACGUGGGUUUUUAGCGUUUUGAUAUCUGUGCCGGGAAUGGUGGUAUUGAUCAUCGAUCCAGAUCACGAUUGUUACAUCGAUGGUAUUUCGUUGGACGUUGUGAAGACGAUUCACCACUCAUGGAGGGUCAUUAUACUGGUGUGUAUCUUCGUAACAGUGUCCCUGUACUUCUGCGUCCUGUGCAUCUCCAGGCGUCAUCGCAGACUCACUACUCGUAGAAAUAGCGGCGUCAAUUUUCACCGCAACAAUAAAGAUUUGACGACAACUCUGAUACUGACAAGCACCCUUAUUCUGGCCCUCCUUCCUAAAUUUAUCUACGUUGCACUUUCGACAUACAUCCCAAAAACCUCAGCAAACUUUCCUGUGGACAUGAUCGAAAAUCUCCCUCUCGUUCAUUUCAUCAGUAACCCUAUUAUCUACGCUUACCGGACACGGGACAUUCGCCAAGGCUACCGGAGACUUUAUAACAGAUACUUAAGGAAAUGUUUCCAUCUGAAAAAAUGGGAAGCAAAAACAAACAACAAUUUCCAUAACAUGUGCACUGUCACACGUACGACGGACAGUUCUGAAUGUUAGGCUGACAUAGGACAUAGCUGUUGGCCAUACGUUGGGACAUACGGGAAUGCUAGUCCGCUUCCUAGGCCGCCUUAUCAUUAGUUUCAGCGAUCUGGACCAUAUUUUAAAAAUAUAAUGUAUUUUAACGAGUCAUCUCGUCAACAUACCAUCACAAAGGUUUGGAGAGAUAUCUUCGUCCUCAUACUGCUUAGCGUUGAGACAACGAUGAUUGAUGAUUUGAAAUAAUAAAUAGAAGGGCCUUCGAGUGAGAUUAUUGUUUCCCUGUACGAAACGAAAGUGCAGCUAAAUGAUCAUUUCUCGAAGAGCACCAAGCCCUGAGUGUAUACGAAGGAGAUUGAAAUUACUCACAGAACAAUAACCCCAUUGUUCCACAUUAGACUAGAAUGUUCAACGUAUUUAGACGCCAAUUAAAAAGGCUGCGUGUGCUUUUGUUCAAUUAGCCAUUAUGACUAGCCAUUAAUUCAAAUUGAUAUGACUAAGAU